UUUUCUGUCGUUAAAAUCUUGAAUUUCGGUCAGAGUUCAAUUGAGAUCAUCCGAAAAUAAUAAUAAUAAUAAUAAUAACCGUUGUUGGAUAAUCAUUCAUUCUUUUUUUUUACGAGUUUUUAUUUGUUUCUCCACUAAAUAGCUAAAAUUAAUACUUUCUUCAUAUAGUAAAGAAGUAGAAAUAAAUAAAGAUGGCAUCAUCACAAACAGAAAAUGGCAAGAAAAAUGAAUCAUAUCCGCUCAAAGAUAUGAAUUCAUCAACAAAAACGGAUGAAACAACACCAUUAACGAAACAUAGUGAUGAAGGUGGUGAAAAUAAUGUUACAAAAGAAUCGACAGGUCUGGAAGAAAAAUUAUCUACAUUGGAUAAAGAUACCGAAGCAUCCAAUCAGAAUACGAAACGAACAGUUAUAAAUCUUGAAACUGUUGAAGAAAUGUUACGAGAUCAAAAAAUUCGUGCCAUUAUCGGUGUUGUUGGUUGUGUUCUAUUAUUGUUGGCCAUUGCGGUCAUCAUAACAUUAUUGAUUCUUAAUGCUGAUAAUGAUGAUAAAACUCAUCGUUUUUUGCGAAUUGUUCCACGACCUCGUGGUCCUACGAAUCUUAUCUAUUAUCGUCAUGGCGAUCUGAAAAAAGAAUCAGGUAUCCGAUCAUGGAAGGAAAUGGUUAAAGAGAUUGAUGAAUUUCUUGCACCAUAUCGACGACCAAUCAAUGCAUCGCUUUGUGCUGUCAACGAUCGAUCAUCGAUACCCGAUGAUACUGUUUGUUUAUUCGAUUUGAAUACCAUUGCCAGUGAAUGUUUGAAACCUGAUUAUGGCUACAUGUCGGGUAGUCCAUGUAUAUUUAUCGUAUUCAAUAAUAUCACCGAUUGGAUACCAAAUUUUGGCUCAAAUGACACUGACACUACGGGCAUUGUCGAUUUGGAAUGUACUACCAAUACACAGUUUGAUGCCGAAAAUAUCGGACCAAUGGAAUUCACUCCAUAUCAGGGAUUUUCAUCCAUAUUUUUUCCGUACAAGAAACAAAUCAAUUAUAUGGCACCAUUUGUAGCCUUACGGCUGCCUUCACCCACACAAAACGUUGGAAUCGGUCUUACUUGUCGACUAUUGGCAUCAAAUCUUCAACCACCAACAUCAGAACCAUCAAUACCCACAUCACUAUUGAAUCAAACAAAAUCAACGGUUACUAAUAUGAUUACAACGGCUGUGGAUUAUGAUUACUAUACUCAGGAACCAGUACCUUAUAUACCAUUCAACAUUUAUAUUGAAUAGAUCAAUCAAUUGAUCUGAAUCCGAUCCGCUUCUUUAUGCAUUCCUUAUCACAUCAUGCUGUGUAUACAUUUACUCACUUUCAUUUUCUCAAUCUUUUUUUUUUGAUAUAACAUAUUCUAUCUAAUAUACUCAAACUUUCAUCAUCAUAUAUCAACUCAGUCAACUAGUCUUUAGACAUCACAAUCGAAUCAUGGUUUAAAGUUCACUUCUGUUCAGCUUUUGCUCGUGUUUAAAU